AUAGAUCAAUUUCAAAAAAGAUUGCUAAGAUCAAUAGACUAUUUAAAACUUUGAAUUUAUGUUCCUCACUUCUAAAGCUCUUUUCUUUUGUUUGUUCGGUUAGUAUUAGUAUUGUCCGAUCACCGCUACCUCCGCCUUACUCUGCCGGCGAGACUAUCUAUCUCUUCUCCGAUCAAACCCUAACUCAAAACCACCACCACGCCUCUCUAACCAUCACCGCCGGCAACACUCUAUUCUCCACAUUCCAAUGGCAACAACACUAGCUCUUUCACAACACACUCAUUCCCCUCUCAGAACCCUCACACUCACACUACCCUCUCAUCUCACACACUCCUUCUCCUCUCUCCCUCUCCCACAACAACCCUUCCCCUCUUCCCUCCCAGACGCAUUCUUAAUCGAUAAACUUCUCUUCCGCUUCAAACAAGGCGACCUCUCCUCCCUCCGUAACCACCUUCUCCGCUCAAACCCAUCAUCAUCAUCAACCCUAAUUCCUCAGCUUCUCCAAAAAUGCCACAAUUACCCUCUCUUACUUCCCAAUCUCAUCCAAACCAUAGCCUCCACGUCUCCAAAUCCAGUAAUCACUGCUUCAAUGGUUCACUUUCUAGUUCAAUCCAAGAACCUUCCAGAAGCUCAAUCUCUUCUCCUCAGAAUCAUCCGAAAAAGCGGCGUUUCGCGCCUCGAGGUAAUCAAUUCUCUUGUUUCGAGCUCCCAACAUAGCACCAUCGUUUUUGAUCUGUUGAUUAGAACAUAUGUCCAGGCUAGGAAAUUAAGAGAAGGUUCUGAGGCGUUUAGAAUUUUGGCUGGAAAAGGUUUAUGCGUUUCGGUGAAUGCUUGUAAUGCUCUUUUAGGUGCAGUUGUUAAGGUUGGAUGGGUUGAUUUGGCGUGGAAUGUGUAUGAGGAUUUUGUGAAGAGUGGGAAUAAGGUUAAUGUUUAUACUUUGAAUAUUAUGGUUAAUGCUUUGUGUAAAGAUGGUAGAUUGGAUAAUGUUAGAGGUUUCUUAGAUGAGAUGGAGGAAAAAGGGGUUUAUCCUGAUCUUGUAACUUAUAAUACUUUGAUUAAUGCUUAUUGUCGAAGGGGACUUGUUUCGGAAGCUUUUCGGUUGGUGGAUUCUAUGGCUUGUAAAGGGUUGAAGCCGGGACUUUUUACUUAUAAUGCAUUGAUUAAUGGUUUGUGUAAGGAGGGAAGUUAUGAGAGAGCAAAAUGUGUUUUGGAUGAGAUGUUAGGGGUUGGAUUGUGUCCCGAUGCUGCGAGUUUUAACCCGAUGUUGGUAGAGAGUUGUAGGAAGGAGGAUGUUUGUGAGGCGGAGAGGGUUUUUAAUGAAAUGUUGCGGCAUGGAGUUGUUCCUGAUUUGAUUAGCUUUAGCUCGAUUGUUGGGGUGUUUUCUAGGAAUGGGGAACUUGGUCGGGCGUUGGCGUAUUUUGAGAAGAUGAAAGGUGUUGGAUUGGUUCCUGAUACUGUUAUUUAUACUAUUCUUAUCAAUGGAUAUUGUAGGAACGGUGAUGUGACCGGGGCAUUGAAAAUGCGGAAUGAGAUGGUGGAGCGGGGUUGUGUUAUGGAUGUGGUUACAUAUAAUACUCUGUUGAAUGGAUUGUGCAGGGGGAAAAUGCUUGUUGAUGCUGAUGAGCUGUUUAAGGAGAUGGUGGAAAGGGGAGUUUUUCCUGAUUUCUACACUCUAACAACUCUAAUUCAUGGAUAUUGUAAGGACGGAAACAUGACUAAAGCACUUAGUUUGUUUGAGACUAUGACUCUGAGGAGCCUUAAGCCUGAUGUUGUGACAUAUAAUACGUUGAUGGAUGGCUUCUGCAAAAUAGGUGAAAUGGAGAAAGCGAAGGAGUUGUGGCGUGAUAUGAUAAGCAGGGAAAUAUCUCCCAACUACAUAUCGUUUAGUAUUUUGAUAAAUGGAUUUUGCACUUUAGGUCUUGUGUCUGAAGCUUUCAGGUUGUGGGAUGAAAUGAAAGAAAAAGGUAUUAAUCCCACCCUAGUAACCUGCAACACCAUAAUAAAAGGCUAUUUGCGAGCUGGCAGUGUGUCAAAGGCAAAUGACUUCUUGAACAAGAUGAUUUCAGAAGGAGUUUUGCCUGAUUGCAUCACGUAUAAUACUCUUAUAAAUGGUUUCGUAAAGGAAGAGAACUUUGAUAGAGCUUUUUUCUUGAUUAGUAACAUGGAAGAACGAGGGCUGCUGCCUGAUCUCGUGACAUACAAUGCAAUUCUUGGUGGAUUUUCUAGGCAAGGUAGAAUGCAAGAGGCUGAGAUGGUAUUACAUAAGAUGAUUGAUAAGGGUAUCAAUCCGGAUAAAUCAAUUUACACAUCACUAAUAAACGGGCAUGUCUCUAAAGACAACCUGAAAGAGGCAUUCCGUGUCCAUGAUGAAAUGCUGCAAAGGGGAUUUGUCCCAGAUGACAAAUUCUAGAAAUUUUACUGUUACAGCUGCUACGACAUUACAGCUCUUUUGGUCUAAACUGACAGGCAUUUCACAUGACAAUUGCAUGGAGUUCAUAGUUUCUGGUGUAUGAUGAAACACGUGCAGCCAUUUUGUUAGUUACAAAAACAAGUAACAAAACAUUCAUAGUCUAUUCUUUUAAGAUGAUCCAUAUGAGGUUGCUUUCCCAAUUUUGAAUUCUUGAAAUCCGAUGGUGAAUCGAAUAUCAUCUGACUCUGGUAUUGUUAGUUGAUUUACUGGUAUAUCUCACUAGUCAAGAGGGAUGCAGACUUUUUAGGAUAUAGAUUGCAGCUCGAGGUUCCUCUAGUUCUUCAUCAUUUACUCAUACCUUGCUUAGAAUUAUGUACAUGUAAGCUGUACAGGUUUUAGUUCAUGUAUAUGCACACAGAUAGCAAUUAGUUUCCUGAUUAACAAGUGAUGUGAAGUUGUAUGAUCAAUGGAUGAACAAUCCUUCUGAAGCAACCUGCAGACUUUUGCAACCUUACUUUUGGGUUACAUUAUAUUUUUCGAAUGAAAGGUUGGUUCCACUGGUUA